AUGGACAAUCAGAAGCACUUCUCAAUCAAUAACUUUGAUGAUGGUGAAGAAGAGGAGGAGGAUGUUCUGGAAUGUUCAGAACCCACUACUCUUACAGCAAGAAGUCCACUAUUUAGUAAUACUGAGAAGGCAUUGGAUCCUCCAGACACAAGAAAUGAAGUAGAGAAGAGGAUGGAAAACAUUGGAGCUCACCUUUGCAGUGCUGUUGCUGAAAAGGAAGAGAGGAUGAAGUCAUAUAUUAAAGAUGUUGUCAAAGAUUGUGACAAGCAUAUCAAACAACAUUGGCAAGUUCAUCAAGAUGAACUACGGGAGUUUAAAAUUGAAUAUACUAAGCAGAUUAUAACUCUGUUUCAGCAGUGGGAUUUUGAUAUGAAGAAAGUUGGAAACCUCGAAGAUAACCUAACUAGUGCCUUUUGUCAGCAACAGAAGACUUUUCAACAAACUACAUCACGGCAGAUCCACAGCCUGAAAGCCCUUAAGCAGGCAAAUGACAAGUUCUUAGAGGGUAUGGAGAACUUGGACAAAGAUGAGAGCAGUGUACUUUCUAGUAUUCACAGUGAGUUUGAAAAGCAAACGGCUUUCCUGGAAAGAAAAUUUACAGAUGGUUAA